UCGUAAAGUACUAAUUCAUGCAGUAUUGGAAUGAAGGUAAGUAUGCAUCGCUGUCGUCCUCAUCAUCAACAUCACCAUCCUCCUCCUCCUCCUCCUCCUCCUCCUCUUCCUCAUUAUCAUUAUCACAACAGUCACAACGGGAGUCAUUUGCUCCACUCGGCACAGUCACCGGUCAGCGUCUCCCUCGCCUCUCCCUGCCCCGCCAAGGCACCUUCUAACCUGUAGGCAGUAUGCAGGUGGGGAUGGUGCGGCCAGAAGCGCGUCACCCGUGGCCGAGGGAGGCUGCCUGCGCGGGACGAGGAGUAGUGACAAGGGUGGUGGUGGUGGUGGUGGUGGUGGUGAUAACAGUCUGGCCCGCGGGACCCUCAGCGUUGGUCGCUCCCGCCUGGCGCCGCGCCUCCGCAUCCUCAUCCUACUGAGGAACUAGCCACCUGCUGGCUCUUGCUCCCCUUCCUCCAUUGCACCUCCUCUUCCUCUUCCUUUUCCUCCUCUUCCUCUUCCUCCUCCUCCUCCUCCUCCUCCUCCUCUUCCUCCUCCCCCUCCUUCUCCUCCACAAAGACAUCCUUACUGCUACACCGGCACACACCUCACCAACAAUGUGACCUCUGUCGGGUGGCUUAACCCAACGCCUUUCCACACACAGGGAGGCGGGGACAACACCAAUCGACAUCACCCGGCGUGAUAAGGUUGCCGUCAUGCUGUUGGGAAGAAGCUGUCCUAUCUUGUCGGCGAUAUUUGGGCUCUUCCUCCUCCUCCUCACCCUCCCUAGGGCCGCCGGGUCAAGUCGCCAUCAGGUGCAGACUCAGGUGUACACCAACAACAUUUCCUCCCUGCUGGACAGUCUAUUGCUUGGCUACGACCACCAGCUCCGCCCUUCGCACGGCGGUGCCCCUACCACGGUGGAGAUCGACAUCGAGGUUCGCAGCAUGGGGCAGAUCUCGGAGAUGGACAUGAGCUUCUCGAUGGACUGCUACUUCCGCCAGUCGUGGGUGGACGAGCGGCUGGCCUUCCCGCUGCCCGGCGAGCCCUUCACGCUGUCCCUGGCGGUGCUGGACAAGCUGUGGAAGCCAGACACCUUCAUCCACAAUGGCAGGCAGAGCCACGUGCACCUCCUCACCGCGCCCAACAAGUUCAUCAGACUGUACCGCAGCGGCAGGAUCCUCUACUCCGCCAGGCUGACCAUCAACGCGUACUGCCCCAUGAGCCUGCACAACUUCCCGAUGGACACCCAGCGCUGCCCCCUAAAGAUGGGCUCCUUCGCCUACACUACAAGGGACGUAGUGUAUCGCUGGAACGGUGACAGGCAGGUGGUCAUCGCACCGGACCUCAUGCUGUCCCAGUUUGACCUGAUCGCCACUUCGGGAUUUGAGAACACCACGCGGCUCACGGGGGAGUUCUCAACACUCCUGGCCAGCUUCCACCUACAGCGGCACAUGGGUAACUUCCUGAUCCAGGUGUACGGGCCGUGCAUGCUGCUGGUGGUCCUCUCCUGGGUGUCCUUCUGGCUCAACAGAGAGGCCACGUCCGACCGCAUCUCUCUUGGCAUCACAACUGUACUGACCAUGACAUUCCUUGGGCUGGAGGCGAGGACUGACCUGCCCAAAGUGUCCUACUCCACUGCCCUUGACCUGUUCGUGUGGCUGUCCUACGGGUUCAUCUUUGCCACCAUCAUUGAGUUUGCCUUCGUGCACCUCUUCACCAAAGUGGGAUCUGGCGAGGUGUACGAGUGGGAGUCCUCCGAGGACGAGGAUAACAACAAUGAUGACAAUGAUGGCGAGGACGCUGAUGACAGUGACGAAGUGGAGGAUGAACAGGCGGCUGUGGCGCGUGCCAUCAUGCUCUUGAAGGCUAGAGAGAAGAAAACUUGUGUCUCAAGUGAGAUCAACAAUGCAGCUGGCUACCCUUGUCCCUGUCCCUCUUCACCCUUAUCUCUUUCUCCAACACUGCCAACCAGCAGCAGCAGCAACAGCAACAGCAGCAGCAACAGGCCUCCAACCCUGACUGAAGCCCCCAACACUACCCCUGCAGCCUCAGCCACACCAUUCAUUGUCUGUCAGCAAGAGGCAGCCAUUCACUCUUCACAGCUCACACUACCCUGCUCUUCCCUCAUCGCCAGGGAGAGGAGGGGAGGCUUGAAGCAUCCACCACAUGACAAGAGGUGCUACACGAGGCACAAAAUAAAUUCAGUGUCAUACAUUGAUGAGGCAUCCAGGGUGUUGUUCCCAUUGAUCUUCCUCUGUAUAAACCUGCUGUACUGGUGCACCUACCUGCCUGCUGCCUAACACCACCACUACUGUGCUGGUGCACCUACCUGCCUGCUGCCUAAUACUACCACUGCUAUGUUGGUGCACCUACCUGCCCGUUGUCUAACAUCAUCACCUGCUGCCUAAUUCCACUACCUGCAGCCCAACACCACCAUCAGCUGCCCAACACUACCAUCAGCUGCCCAACAGCACCACCAGCUGCCGGCACCAUCCCCUGCUGCCUGGCACCACCCCCUGCUGCCCUGCAUCACUCCUUGCUGCCCGGCACCACCCCCUGGUGCCCGGCAUCACCCCUUGCUGCCCGGCACCACCACCAUCAUCACUCACUGCACCUCUUCUCUGUUCACUUUGGUUUCCAGUCAGGUGCACCAGUGCUCAAAUGAAAUCAUGGAGCUUUUCUGUUUGCGUCAUUGCAUUCGAAGCAGGUGUUAGGAAUAUAGAUAAGUUUUCAUUGUAUAUUUUUGGAUCAUUUAUUUUCAUGAUACUAUCCUUUUUUUUUUCUUUUUCAAAUAUAAUGCAUUUGUCUGAGUUGGAAGACAUGAUACUAUAGACAGAUCACCUGUCCUGUACCCAAGGCUACUGUGUUGUGACGCCUAUCAUAGACAUACUGCAGCUUUCCGACAUGUCUCUGUCAUGCUAGUUUUGUUAUUAUAUAUAAAAAACACAAAUAAAUUCAUGAAAUAUGGUAAACAUUCUCUAUAGACUUUUACCACGAGUGAAAUCUUGAGGAUAAAUAAAUAAAAUCCUAGA